AUGGAUGAACAAGUAGCUCAAGAAACUAAGGAACUCAAGAAAAUAACAAAUACACAAAAAGAAGAACUUAAAGAAAAUAGAACAUACAUAACAAAAGAGAAAAUCUCAUUAGUAGAAAGAAAUGACAACAUAGAAACACUUUUAGAACAAAACAACAAUACUUCUACACACAAUGAAGAGGUUAUUGAAGUCGAUACAUAUAAUGAAAAGGUCUUUGAAACUAGUACAUAUAAUGAAGAUAACAUUCAAACAACAACACGUGACAAUGAGGUCUCCGAGACUAGUACAGGUAACAAAAACAACAUGGAAACAACAACUCAAAAUGAACCAAGGAAUGAACAAGGGGACUCCACUUUGGAAAGAAACACAACUUCUAGCUCCA